AUGUCCACCUUUGACGGCAUCGUGGCUGAGUUUCCGGACAUCAGGAUCGACUUCUUCCGCAAGCACGCCGACGCGUCACCACCGCUGGCCUGCUUCUUGAGCCAUGUCCACAGCGACCACCUCGCCGGGCUCGAGAGCCUUCGCUCCCCGUUCGUCUACUGCUCUGCGGCAACACGGGAGAUGCUGCUCCGUCUGGAGCGCUACCCCUGCCGCAUCAAUUACGCAAAAGGUGUCUUGGAAGCCCGGCAGCAGACGUAUAAGCACCUCGGCAGGGUUCUGAAGCCGCUGCCCCUUGAAACGCCGACAACCAUUGAGCUUCGCCCCGGUUACCGCAUUCAGGUGACCCUCUUUGACGCCAACCACUGCCCGGGCGCCGUCAUGUUCUUGAUUGAGGGACAUGGCAAGUCAGUACUUUACACUGGAGACGUUCGUAGCGAGCCCUGGUUCGUCGACUGCCUCGCCAGAAAUCCGAUUCUUAUCGAAUACACUUGCGGCUUGAAAACGCUCGAUAAGCUUUACCUCGACACCUCGUUCACCGCAGACGUGCCCUUUCAGACAAAGUCAGAAGGCAUCGCCGAGCUUCUUCGCACCGUCUCCCGGUACCCAAGAGACACGGUCUUCCAUUUCCAAGCAUGGACGUACGGGUACGAGGAUGUCUGGAUCGCCCUGUCCAAAGCGCUUCAGUCUGCUGUGCACGUUGACGACUACAAGUUCCACCUCUAUGGGCACAUGUGCGGAAACAUGCCCCACCCGGGCUGCUUGACCUCGGAUACAACAGUCCGGCUGCACAGCUGCGAAAAAGGCAAUAUGUGUGCCGUGGCCAGUGCCCCGGGCGUUGUCACAAUCCAACCAAUCAUCGCUCGCUUGGCCAAUGGCCAGCAGCUCGCCGAGGCAGGCGUUGGAGGGGGCGGCGAGGACCUCGAGCGCGAGGCCGAGUUGACAUGUCUCUUCGAUGACGACGCCGCGGCGUUGGCUGACUUAAUUUCUGCAUGCAACUCCAUGACAGAUGCCGAGCGAGACGGGAUUAUGGAAGCCAUUAGGGACGCAUCCGCACGAGGCAGAGAACUACCGUUAAAUCUAGCAGCUUCAAUACUUGGACAAGGGCUGUCGGCAGAUCUUGAAACUGCUCUUUGCGCCCUCCCCCAUCUGCGCCCAGGUCCUUGGCCGCAGAUAGACACGAAGCAGUGGAUAGCAGAAGGCAUAUCCGUCGAAUCGCUGUUUGGCCAGCUUUGCUCCGGUCAAGUCUUCCAACAUGAUCUGAAACUGGCUGCUUUCGCGCCAAGAGUUGCGCUUGUGGGGGCAUCGCGGGCUUCCGAGUCGCAAAUGGCAGAUUCCACGCCGAGAAAGGAUCUUUCUUUUACGCGCGAUGCUUCACCACUCGAGGCGCCCUCGAGCGCCUUGUGUCAGCCACGGUAUGAUCCGCAACCACUGGAACCGCAGGGCCAAGCAAGUGAAGCGGAGGCGAGAAUAGGCGGCUGUGACCGUCGGCUAGAAGCCAAGGCAGCGGUGGACGGAGACGAAAGCAAACGUAACGACGGAGUGGCUUUGACGCGGAAGCGCAAACAUGAUGAGCGAGCCGAAGCCAGUGAGGAGUCGGAAGAUGUCGAUGGCAACGACUCGCAACAGACCGAGGACUCUCUCAUAUCGACGCUUCAUGUGCAGGACUCGGUGACCCGCACCGAGGCGUACUAUCGGAUGCUCGGCAACGCAGCCGACGGCGGCUGCAGGCCCAUCCCGCUGAUGUCCACCGACGGACACAACAGCAAGCCAGACGAAGAGCUCUGA